AUGACGUCCUUACAGUCCUCAACCAUGUUCAACAAUUCUCAAAACAACCAACAACAAGGGGACCAAAUACAACGCCGCCAUUCGCCGCCGGACCAACACCAACAGCAGCAGCAGCAGCAGCUCCAUCAAGUACAGCCUUCACUUGGCCAACCACCGGACCUCAGGGCACCACCACCACCACCACCACAACAACAACCAAUUUACUAUGCCCAGGCAUUAGACAAUAAUUCACCGGCUUCAAGCACCACGUCUUCGUACUUUGAUAAUGUCGACUACCAAGCACAGAAUAGUCGGGAUGAACAACAAGUACAACAUCAAUUGCCUGCAACUCACCACCAACUUCACCAUCAACACCAACAUCAGCAUCCGCAUCACACUAGUCUUCAGCGUCAUCACAGCCAAAUUCCGAUGCCUCACGAUUUGAUCGACAGCCAAAAUGGACAUCAUGUAGGUGAGACCGCGUCAUCAAUGGGCUCAAACGCAGUGCUACAACAACAACAACAAAUCCACGGACAAUACGAGCCUACUCCCGGCUUGGACGAAGAUGAAGAUGACCACCAUGCUCAGCAACUGCAGCAGGACGCUUCUAUCCCUGAUCCUGACCCUUCGAUGGGCUAUUUACCGCCGGCACCGCCUGACCCAGAUUUAGUCGACGCGGCCAUGGGCGAGUCAGGAGGCGGAGAACAACCAUUUUACGUCAACGCGAAGCAAUAUCACCGAAUAUUGAAACGGAGAAUCGCACGAGCUAAACUUGAAGAAAGCCUAAAGAUUGCCAGAAUCAGGAAACCGUACUUGCAUGAGUCGAGACAUAAACAUGCAAUGAGAAGACCCCGGGGACAGGGCGGCCGGUUCUUGACUGCGUCGGAAAUCGCUGAGUUGGAGAAGAAGAGAAUCGAAGAGGAACAAAAGGAGAAACAAACAGAACAUGAAAAUGAAAAUGAAAAUGGAAAUGGAAAUGAAACGAAAGCAGAAACAGAAACAGAAAAUUUAAAGAAUAAUGUCAUCACACAACCGGGCGGAGGCGGGUACGAUGGGGUACUAUUGCACCAAGCGCAAGUAGAUGGUUCAGCGUCAUCGCCAAAUGUCAAAGCCGACGGCGCGAUACGGCUGAACUCGACCUACUCGCCACUGCUUGCAAAUAUUCUGGCGUCAAAUGGAAACACGUCAGCGGACAGCAGCAACGUCAACGGAGGUUUCGAAAAAGCACUAGAUGACACGCGUCCUGGUCUUGGUGCUGCGUCAGCUACUGUUGAACUGGACCGGUAG